UUUUUUCCUCAACUCCCUAUUGAAGAGGAGAGAGACAGGAGAGGAAGCGUCCAAAGGAAAAAAAAAGUCUCAUUGGUCCAAGAAAUAAUGGUUACCAAAUCCAAAAGGAGUUGAAGUACCCCAAAGAUUUAUUAGAAUACUGUAUGACUUUGAAGAAAAAUCAAAAUCGAGUUUGAACCUGUAUAACUACAUGGUGAAGCUUAAUUUCUUCUCUUCUUCCACCAACUUGAAAAGCUGUUACUUUUCUUGUGGUAAAAACAGUUCAAGCGGUUGAACAAAAUCAGGGACUUUUAUAGAAAUACAUAACCAAAAACAAGAAGACUGUUCCUUGACUCUGGGAGUUAACAAUUGAAUCUUGAAAGCUGUGGCAGAAUUUGUAAAGGAAGAAAAAUGAAGUGUUUCUUUUACUUUAAAGAUAGAAACAGAAAUAGGGAAAGAAAAUCAGCACCAGUGGUACUUCAAGAUCAGAGCAAAUCAGAUAUUUCAGGUGGUGGUGCAGAAAGGGUGACUAAGUCUUCAUGUUCAACUUCUUCUCCUCGUAGUUUCUCUGAUUUGUAUGAAGGGAAAGCUCAGAAUUUGAGGGUCUUUACAUUCCCUGAGCUUAAACAAGCAACUAAUAAUUUUAAUAGGUCCCUUAAGAUUGGAGAAGGAGGUUUUGGAUGUGUAUAUAAGGGUAAUAUUAAGCCUGCUGAUGGAAAGGGUGAAUCAACUGUUGUUGCCAUUAAAAAACUCAAUAGAGAUGGUUAUCAGGGUCAUAAACAAUGGGUAGCAGAAGUGCAAUUUCUGGGAGUGGUAGAUCACCCAAAUCUUGUCAAACUAAUUGGAUAUUGUGCCGUUGAUGGGGAAAGAGGUAUUCAGAGGCUACUUGUGUAUGAAUUCAUGUCAAAUAAAAGUCUGGAAGAUCAUCUUUUCAGUACAGCCUUUCCAGUUCUUUCUUGGCAAAGAAGACUGCAAAUAGCGCUUGGAGCAGCUCAAGGAUUGGCUUAUUUGCAUGAAGAAUUGGAAGUUCAGGUGAUAUAUCGUGAUUUCAAGUCAUCAAACGUGCUACUGGAUGAUGAGUUCAAGCCAAAGCUUUCUGAUUUCGGGCUUGCCAGAGAGGGUCCAACUGGCAUGCACACCCACGUUUCCACAGCGGUUGUGGGGACAUGGGGGUAUGCAGCACCUGAUUACAUAGAAACAGGACAUUUAACAGCCAAGAGUGAUGUGUGGAGUUAUGGUGUUGUAUUGUAUGAGAUCCUAACUGGUCGACGGUCCCUAGAAAGGGACAGACCAAAAUCAGAACACAAACUUCUGGAUUGGGUUAAACGUUACCCUGCUGAUAGCCGGAAAUUCGGUAUGAUCAUGGAUCCAAGGCUGGAAAAUCAGUAUACGCUCAAGGCAGCUCGAAAGAUUGCAAAGUUAGCUGACACUUGUUUGUUAAAAUCUGCAAAAGAUCGGCCCAAGAUGAGUCAAAUAGUAGAAACUCUGAAGCAGAUCAUUCAGAUUUCUGGUGAAAAUAACUCUCCAGACACAAUUUUCCAGAGUGUCGACGAUGAUCCUGUUGUAGAGGAAAAGCCGAAGCAGAUGGGAGCCACAGAAUCAGCGAAAAGACGAAUGGCUCACUUGGCUAAACUUGGUGAACAUGUUGGUGGAAUAAGCAGAAGAAGAUUCCUGAUCAUGCAGAAGGCUAAAGUUACAUAAAAAACAAGUUAUGUUUUCCUGCAUAUCAGAUGUAUCAAUUUAAGAGUUUUGGUUUAUUGAAUGAGAGAAAUAUAGUAAUUAGUUUAACGUGUAAAUGAGGCAUUGCUAUUUCAACUCAUUACUGGCUAUGGCUAGAGGCAACAACCUGUAGCCUGGAGUUUUUUGCAUGCCAUCAGAAUAUGCAUUUGCAUUGUAAACCACUAUUCCAACUUAUCAGGGGAAAAAAACUGUAGGCCACUGUCCUCCUGUGCA